GCCGCGCCUCGCUCUUGUCAUGUCGCCCGCGCUCCUGCACCCCAGCUCGGCCUUCAGCUCGCCCCUCGACCCCGACGGCACCCCCCUUAGCGAGCUCUCCUGGUCCUCGUCGCUCGCCGUGGUGGCGCUUUCCUUCUCUGGUCUCUUUACCUUCAUCUUCCUCAUGUUGGCCUGUCUGUGCUGCAAGAAGGGAGACAUUGGCUUCAAGGAGUUUGAGAAUGCCGAGGGAGAAGAUUACGUGACCGAGUUCUCGGUGCAGGGCUCCCCGGCCACGCAGAAUGGCCCCGAGGUUUACAUCCUGCCCCUCACCGAGGUGUCGCUCCCCAUGGCCAAGCAGCCAGGGCGCUCAGUGCAGCUGCUCAAGUCCACGGAUCUGGGGAGGCACAGCCUCCUCUACCUGAAGGAGAUUGGCCACGGCUGGUUUGGGAAGGUGUUCCUGGGGGAGGUGAACUCGGGGCUCAGCAGCACCCAGGUGGUGGUGAAGGAACUGAAGGUGAGCGCCAGCGUCCAGGACCAGAUGCAGUUCCUGGAGGAAGCCCAGCCGUACAGGGCUCUCCAGCACACGAACCUGCUGCAGUGCCUAGCCCAGUGCGCCGAGGUGACGCCCUACCUGCUGGUCAUGGAGUUCUGCCCGCUGGGCGACCUGAAGGGCUACCUGCGGAGCUGCCAGGUGGCCGACUCCAUGGCCCCCGACCCGCUCACCCUGCAGAGAAUGGCUUGUGAAGUGGCAUGCGGCAUCCUGCACCUGCACAGGAACCACUACGUGCACAGUGACCUGGCUUUGCGGAACUGCUUACUCACUGCUGACCUGACCGUCAAAGUCGGGGACUACGGCCUGGCUCGCUGCAAGUACAAAGAUGACUACUUCGUGACGGCCGACCAGCUGUGGGUGCCGCUGCGCUGGAUCGCGCCCGAGCUCAUCGACGAGGUGCACGGCAAUCUGCUCAUCGUGGAUCAGACCAAAUCCAGCAACGUCUGGUCUCUGGGCGUGACGAUCUGGGAGCUGUUUGAGCUGGGCAACCAGCCCUACUACCGCUACUCCGACCGGCAGGUGCUCACCUACGCCAUCAAGGAGCAGCAGCUCAAAUUGCCCAAGCCCCAGCUGAAGCUGUUGCUGUCUGAGCGCUGGUACGAGGUAAUGCAGUUCUGCUGGCUGCAGCCCGAGCAGAGGCCGACGGCGGAAGAGGUGCACCUGCUUCUCUCCUACCUGUGUGCCAAGGGGGCGACGGAGGCAGAGGAGGAGUUCGAGAGGCGCUGGAACUCCAUGAAGCCCAACGGCAGCUCCAGCAGCAGCCACCGCGGCACCGAGGUCUCCUCCUUCCCGCUGCUGGAGCAGUUCUCUGCCGAAGGCUUCCACUCGGAUGGGGACGACGUCCUGACUGUCAUGGAGACCAGCCAGGGCCUCAACUUCGAGUACAAAUGGGAGCCCAGCAAGGCUGAGUGCUUCCAGGUACCCACGGGGGCCCUGAGCCCCAGCAGUGCCGCCCAGUACCAGGACUUGUACUAUCCCACCAGCUCCAUAGGGCGGCUAAGCCUCGGCGUCUCGCCGUCCUGCUAUGAGUGCAAGCAGCAGGGCUGCCCAAGCCUGCACGCGCCCAGCGUGGUGCCCAUCCUGGGGGCCCACAGCCCCUCGCUCAGCAGUGAGUACUACAUCCGCAUCGAAGGGCCCUCGGAGGGUCGCACCGAGCUGGACUACGCCAUGUGCUCCUACAGCCCCGACUGUGAGUACGGCUCCCCGGCCAAGGGGUCCCGCUGGCAAGCCAAGGGGGGCCAGGACAGUGGCACAUACGACUCAGAUAACAGCCCCACUGUCUCCCUGACCAUGGAACCCCUGCUGGGCCACGCCACGCUCAGCGAGGGCUCUUGGGAGCAUCCCGAUUACUACCCCUACCAGUGCCACAGCAAGGAGCCUCCAUACUACCAACCGUCCCCAGGCGAUGGUGCCAACCACUCCCUGCUGGAGGAGGAGCCCUUGGAGGCCAGCAGCAAGGAGUGGCAGGUCCCCAGCUUCCAGAAGAACAUCUUUGAGGACCCUCUGGGCAUCUCCCCAUCAGUGAACUGUGCCUACGGCCCCCCCAGCUAUGAGGAGCCCCACCCAGCCCCCUUGGCAGGGAGGCUGCUGGAGUGUGUGGGGCAGAAGGUGGCCAGCAAGCCUCAGGGCUCCAGGCUGGACUGCAUCACCUUGGAGCUGGGCGAGGAGAGCCCGUGCGGCAGCCCCCAGUGCGGGAGCAGAGAGCGCGCGAGCGGGCUGGUCCCGGAGGAUGUGAGCACAGCGGUGCAGAGGCAGCACUGGACGUCCAACAGCUCGGCCAACAACAACAGCAGCAACUGCCCUCCUCCACCCUGCGAGCCCCCUGCCAACGACAGCUGGUGUUACCGCCACAUGAUCACUUUCCGGGGACUCAUGGCCGAGCCCCUGGACUCCGUGCCACGCGACGAGGCCCAGCUCAGGGAGGCCUUGCAGGCGAGGAGGAGCCCGUUGGUCAAGGACUUGCGGCUAGCGCUGCAGGACCAGCAGCCCCUCACUGAGAACCAUAGCUUCUGCUUGGGUCCCGGGCAGCGCAGGACCCUGAGCAACAAAGAGGACUCUUCCUCUUCCUCCUCCUCUUCCUCCUCCUCCUCCCCCCACUGGGAGAGCCAUGACUCAUCCGCUUUCGACCUUUUGGAAGACACCGCGCUGGCAGGCGUUUCCAGUUCACGACGUGCCUCCGGUGCAGCACUCCCUACAGACUCCUCGGUCGGAGCUUCAGCCCAGAUGUGCCUGGAUGAUGCCAGCACAGCAUCAAGACAAGCCGAGAGAGGGGAGGGGAAUCACCAUGCCCAAAUGCCACAGCCAAGGGGUAUGGAUCCACCAGGGCCUGUUGGUAUGGGACAUGCCGAGGCAGGGGCAGCUUGCCAGCUAUCUGAGAGCACCACCAUGCCGGCUGAGGGGGCAGCCCUCCCGCUAAGUCCUGGGGAGUGGGCUGACCCGUAUGCCCACACAGAGGGCAACCCUUGUGCAGACUGCACCCAGAUCCCUUCAGAGGCCUCUGAGGUAGCUGGCCAAGUGCCCGGAGACAUUGCAGUGGAGAGUGGGAAGAGCAUCACAAGUGACCUGGACCGGACCCCAGACAAGACCUUCUCCAGCACCAGCUUCCCUGACAUGGAUGACUGCAGCGAUGAAGAUACCGCGGAGCUCACGUCUGGUGUCUUCACCGACUUCUCCGGAGACUACGUGGAACGAGUGGACGUGAUCCCAUCCUUCAAGUCUCUCCAGAAGCAGGUGGGGACACCGGACUCCCUGGAAUCCCUCGACAUCCCAUCCACAGCCAGCUCGUGCGAAGUCUUCAGCCCCACCAGCUACGUCCCCUCCAGCCAGCCCAAGGCCCUGGACAGCGGCUAUGACACCGAGAACUAUGAGUCCCCGGAGUUUGUCCUAAAGGAGCCGCAUGAGCCCAGGGAGCCAGAGACUUUCACCCAUCUGGGGAAGUCGCCCGUAGGUUUGGCGGUGGGCGAAGGGGACGGCGUGGCCUCAGAGAUGCACCUCUCCUCAUCCUUCAGCGCUGAGCUUCACGGCCUGAGUGAGAAGAACCCGUACCGUGACUCAGCCUACUUCUCAGACUACGACACCGACGCCGAGAGGUACCUCAAGGAGGAUGAAGACAGCGAUGGGUCUGAAGCCCAGGACAGGGAGGCGGGGUGCUUGCCGCUGGAUGCGCAAGACCUGGGAAGUGCCCCGAGCCAAAACAGUGAUGGGGAGGAGCCGCCCCAGCCCCGCGACACCCCUGACAGCCCUCAGGGAGCUGCUUGCACCAUGGGGACUGGAGCUUCUGGUGUAGGCUUCUCAAUGGCAGGUGAAGUGGUGAGUCCCGGGGAAGGGAGCGUCCAGGCUGCCCACCCAGAGCCGGAGCUGGAGCUGGAAGGUGCCGCCAGGGCUGAGGAGACAGCUGCAGGCCACAGUCCAGACUCGGACGGCUCCAGAGAUACGACCUGGGACGAGUGCCCUGCCAUCCCCAGCAUCCCAGCAGAGUCGGUGCCAUCCAAGUCCUUCUUCCUGUCUCCCGUGGUAAUGAGCCCGGAGGGCCCAGCCCUGUUGGUCCUGGCCAAAGCUGGUGGAGAAGAACUCCGGCAGGAAGGGCUCUCACGCCUGCUGGGUGAGGCUGUAGCUCCUAGCUCCGAGCCUGAGGGGCCGGAGCACCCAUUAGAGGAGCCAGGGGUGCGAGUGGCCCCAGAAGGGGAAGUGCAGGAGGGUCCUGGCAGGGCCCUGGCAGAAGAGCUGUCACUAGCUCAGGGCCGGCAGUUGUCCCUGGAUCUCUCUCUGCGGCAGGCCCAGGCGGAGCUGCGGCCACCCGGCCCCGAGCGGCGGGAGGAGCCUGAGGACGAGGAGGAGGACACCGAGGACAGCGACGAGUCGGACGAGGAGCUGCGCUGCUACAACAUCCAGGAGCAGAGUGAGGAGAGCGAGGACGAGCCAGCCGCCGUGCCCAUCGUGGUGGCUGAGAGCCACAGCGCUAGGAACCUGCGCAGCCUACUCAAGAUGCCCAACCUGCUGUCCCAGACCUUCUGCGAGGACCUGGAGCGGAAGAAGAAGGCCGUGUCCUUCUACGACGACGUCACUGUCUACCUCUUUGACCAGGAAAGUCCCACUCGGGAGCUCAGCGACCAGACGUUCCCAGAGGUCACGGCGCCUUCGCUGCAGCCCGUGCAGAGCAACAGCUCCAGCCCCACAAGCCCGGUGGACAGACUGAGCGCAUCGGACGACUCCUCGGACGGCAAUGCCUCUGAAGAGAGUGGUGGAUUCGAGUGGGAUGACGACUUUCCGCUCAUGCCCGUGAAGUCAUCGUUAAUGUCCUCACUGACGGUGACGCCGGUGAUGCCAGUCUCGGCCAUCCCCAGCCUUCCCUCGCUGGUCCCAGUCCAGAAGCAGGUGCUGCCGAUCCCGUUCUCCCGGUUCACCGUGUCUCCUGCGCCGGUGUCCAGGUUCUCCAUCACACACGUCUCCGACGCGGACAUGGAGUCCGUCGGAGGCAGCAGUGAAGACGGUGACAGAGAAUGAGCCUGCCCACGUGGUUGCUUGGACGUCUCCUGGUGUCGGUGUCGGCCUCAGGGCCAAGGAGAGAGGUUGAAGGACGGGAGCCGGGCGCAGCACCCGGGCUUCUGGGACCUUGCUCUAUUUUUCUAGGCAGAUUUUAUCGGAAGGAUUUUGUUUGCUGCUAUCCGGAAUCGCUCCCGGUGGCGCUGCAGCAAGGCGGUUGGUGAUGACCGUGCGUGUGCGUGGGUGGGUGGGUGGGUGCGUGC